CUCUGUGUGUCUGAACCAUCCUGCCCAGCGGCGGCGCUGUCUGAUCCGAGCGCCGCAGCUCAUUUUGGGAUCUCUGGUUCAACUCCAGACGAGGUGCUCAUUGAAAGUCGGAAGUCGGGCUUUGAUAGUUGCUCAAACUUGACAAAAUGGCAGAAGACAACAGUUAUGAGUCGAUGCUCUGUGUGAAGCCCGAGGUUCAUGUUUACCGGAUCCCGCCGCGGGCCACGAACCGUGGAUAUCGCGCUGCUGACUGGAAGCUGGAUGAACCUGCGUGGAGCGGUAGGAUGAAAAUCACCGCCAAAGGAAAGCUGGCCUAUAUUAAGUUAGAGGACAAAAACACGGGAGAGUUGUUUGCCCAAGCUCCAGUUGAACAGUAUCCAGGGAGCGUAGUUGAAGCAGUGACAGACUCCAGCAGGUACUUUGUGAUCAAGAUAGAGGACGGAAAUGGACGCCAUGCUUUUAUCGGUCUGGGUUUCGCUGAUCGUGGAGACUCAUUUGACUUCAACGUAGCUUUACAAGAUCACUUUAAGUGGGUAAAGCAAGAAGGUGAGCUUGCAAAGAUGGAAGCUACUGAGAGUGCAGCACCAAAGCUGGACCUCAGCUUCAAAGAAGGGCAGACGAUCAAGAUCAGCAUUGGGAACAUAAAGAAGAAGGAAGCAGGUGGCGCCAAAGCACGGCCUAUGGGUGGUGGACUACUCCCACCUCCACCAGGUGCAAAGGCUGCAGUGUUGGUACCUCCUCCUGGGGGACAGCCGACAGUCUCCGCUGUGCAGAGUAACACUGCCUCUCUUUUAGACUUUGGCUCCCCCGUCCCUGCAGCUGCACCCAGCUCUGACGUGUGGGGAGAUUUCACAUCAGCAGGCUCCAACUCCAGUACAGAUGCUGUCAAAUCAGGAUGGGUGCAGUUUAGUUGAGUCGUGAGAGAGAAAAAAAAAAAACAAACUUUCACACACUCAGGUUCCACACAUUCCACGAACAGGACGAUUGUGGCAAAAACAGAAACUGAAAGAGAGAGGAGCUGUUGGCACACUUGACUGGCUCAUUCACUGCAGCUGUCCACAUACUAUAAGAAACACGCUCUGGAGGAACAAUACAGUAAAAUGUAAAUAUUUUUUACAUUUGUAUUCUUUUUUUCCCACUCUACUAUGCAGAAUGACUCCUUCUUUCCUUUUUAUCUUUCCAUAAAUCAGAUCCGAUUGUGUCCCGCUGCUCCUCGUCUUUUCAAACAUUAUGCAUUGUGUUUUCCUUCUCCUGUCACACAAAUAUCUCAUCACACCAGCACAACUCAUCUCAAGAUUGUUUGUACCAUUUGGGAAAGUUAAGUGGUUAACCUUUUGAAGUAUCCAUGUUUCAUUUAGCUAUAUACCAGUACCAGUACCAUAUACAUUUGUGUUGUUUCUGUUUCCUAGUAUUUUUUUUUUUUUAGGAGAUCUUGCAAAACUUUGAUAUUUGAUGAUUCAUUUUAAGCCUUUAUGAAAAAAUACCCAGAUUUUUUUUUUAAUCAGCCCUGGGAAUGGAAGUCAUGAUUGCCAUUUUGUCUGUCAUUCAAAGUUUUAAUGUGUUUUGUUUGUACGAUCAUUUUUGUCUUUUGUGUACGCUCUUCAUUUGUCUUUACCUUGUGUGGUGUUGCUUUUUAAAAUGUGCCUUUUACCAAAUUGAAUUUUCCUUAAUCUUGUCAAGAAUUUGUGCCUUUCCGAAAAGAUCUAAAAUGUACAAAUAUUUUUUUCUUGUAAAUAAACAAUAUAUUUCACUG